CAGACGACAACGCCACAGGACCAAUCAUGUCUGAAAAACAUUUAAGUGCAGGCUCGGAGUUGCCACCAUUGAAGAAGGACACUCUUCGUAUUUAUAGCAUGAGACUUUGUCCAUUUGCAUACAGGGCUAUCUUAGCAUUGGCUUUGAAAGAAAUAGAGCAUGAAGUUGUCAAUGUAAACCUUAAAGAUAAACCAUCUUGGUUUAUUGAGAGGAAUCCUAAAGGUCUUGUUCCAAUAUUGGAAAUAAACGAUCAAAUCGUAUAUGAAUCCAUUGUGUGCUGUGAAUACUUGGACGAGGUUUACCCUGGUGACCAAUUGGUUGCCGAGACUCCGUACCAGAGGGCGCAAGAUAAAAUUCUGAUAGACUUCUUUAGCGGCAAGGUCUCACCAUUGUUAAAGUCAGGGUUAGAAGAGGAAAAGAAAAAUGAUUUUUUUCAACAAUUGGAUAGAAUGGAAAACGAGUUGAAAAAAAGAAAAACAACCUAUUUUAGAGGGGAGAAACCCGGCUUCGUUGACAUCGUUAUAUGGCCAUUCUUUGAACGUGUUGAAAAUAUGACUGUUUUGGGCGGUGACGGUCUCCCUGCCAACCGUUUCCCGUUACUCAGAACUUGGAUAUCUCAGAUGAUGGACAUUCCAGCAGUGAAGAAUCGUCGUGAAUCUCCAGUAAUAUUCUGACGAUUUCAUGAGAACCAGAGAACAAAAUCCAUUUUUGGGCGAAUUAUAUAACGCACUCCACAGCUCGUAUUUGUAUAAGUUUUACAUUCAGUUUUGUAUUACGUAGUACAUAUAUCCCUUUUCGGUUUCUCCAUAUUAUGUAGUCAAAAUCCCAGUAAUCUGAUUGGUCCGUGAAAGCGGGAUGAACUUUGAAUGGAAUUGUUGCCAAUCUCAAGUUAUACUGUUCAGUUUUAUAUCAUAUCUCUUGAACAAUUGUUAGGAAUUAUAUUAAAUUGAAUAUUUGUUGUAGUUUCCGAUGAUAGCAAAAACGAAUGUGUGUUAUAAAACAGCAUAGACGUGACCACUAUUUCCAAUUCUCCCAACCUCAACAUUUCCAUGCCAUUUAUCACAAUUGUGCGCGACAGUCGUGUUACUAAUUUUUCUACAAAACUGUGAAUAUAUAUUCAGUUUAAAAAAUAAAUAUUUAUUAUUUAAUCGUACGAUAAA